CAGAGACUGCCAGUACUCAUCAGGGACGAAGCUGGUCUGAACCAGGAAGCAGUUGAUCAGUCUGAAUACCACAGAAAACACAGCAACUCUGGUUCUCAGCCUACCUGUGGAGUUCAAGAUAAAUCACUUCAUAUUAGAGACAUUACGGACUUAUAUUUUAUCAUCACAGCACACAGCUGUUUGGUCUCCAUUACUUCAGGAACCCACCGUCAUCAAGAAGACUUUCAUCUUCCUAUCAUCUUGUGUUUCAACAUUUGGAUUUCAUAUAAAAAGACGUAAUGUUUCGAAGAAGAGUACCCUUCUCACAGAUCGCCUUAGCCACACUGCUUGGAGUCGCUGGUGGUAUUUAUAUCUACAGGCCUUAUUUUGAGCCGGUGCAGACCUCAAGACAACAAAACCAGGAUGUGCCAAAGAAACCGAAUGAAACAGACUGAAAUAAUUCAUCACUCCCAGGAAAUACUUCACACACAGAAGCCAGAAGAACUACAUCAGAGGCUGCUGGACUGUCAGAGCUGGAGGCCGAACUAAAGACAAGACCAGCAUGGAUAAAUCCAUGCUUCUUUGGGGUUCUUUGUAUGAUUGUUAAUGUACAAAAUAAAGUAUUUAAUAAUUUGA